AUGAAGGAACAUAAGGAUGGAAUUUAUUAAGGAGGAUUAAAUGCAAAAUAACAAAAACAUGGGCUUGGAAUAUACUUGUGGGAUGUUGGUUCUGCUUAUUAUGGAGAGUGGAAAAAUGAUUUGAUUGAUGGAUAAGGAAUCUUAUUUUUAGGUGGAUAGAUCAUCAUCUAAGGGGGUUUCAAAAAAGGAGUUGUUCAUGGGCAAAUUGUAAUCAAAGUUGGGACUAGAGUGUUCUAUAGUUAAUUCGACAAAGGAGAGGCUAUUUUCAUUUAGGAAGGAGAGAGAAAAAUUACGAUACAAUCAUCAAGUGCUUAGAUAACUCAUGAUUGUACGAAUGAAGCUGAUCGAGUAUUACAGGGAAUAAGUAAACUGCAACAAGGAGACUUACAAAUAUAGCUGUUUAAUCAUUGUAUCUACUACGGAAAUGUUGGGAAGGCAAAUUUGCCUAAUGGUUUAGGAAUUGAAAUUUCGAAUUUGUUUUAUUAAUGUGGAUAAUUCGUUGAUGGGAAAUUAAAUGGCUUGGGUCGAUUAGAUUAAUAAGAUGAGAUUUAUCAGGGCUAAUUCCAAAAAGGAUUAUAUCAAGGGAAUGGGUUGAUGGUAUUUAAGGAUCAACGAAUUCAAUGGGUGAAAGGCAAAUAUCAUUAAGGACAAUUGGUGGAAAUCAAGAGUAAUGGUUAUUUGGAAUAAAUGGAAACUCCGCAAGAAUUAGUUUGUAAAUCGUCAUUAUAUCUUUGUUAGUUAAAUAUUGUACGAAAGUAGUUUAGUAAUACAUAGUAACUCCAAUUUCAAAAGAAAUUAUAAUGGGAUAUAUAAGGUUAUUUGAAGUGAUGCAAUUUGUUAGGCUUCGUGUAAACACUUUAAAUGAAAUCAAAUACUAAUAAUAGCCCCCUUUGAGGAAAUAUAGUACUAAUACAAAUAAUCUAAGUAAAUCUGUGGAGGAAAUCAGGAAACUGUAAUGUUAAUUUAACACAUAAAGUCUUGAUUAACAAAAUUAGAUUUAUGAGGUCAUUUUGGAUUAGCAUGAUGAGGAUUAGACUUAUAGAAAAACCGAUACUCAGUAAUCAAGAACUAAAACUUAACCUACAGAAGAAUAUUUUGAAAAUAAAAUUUCAUUUGGUCUAUUAGAAAUUCCAAGUUUAAAGAAUUCUAGAAAAACAGCAGCUUAGUAAAAUGAGGAAUACAAAUUAUAAAUCAAGAAAAAUAAUGAUUAUAAUUAGUAGAGAUCAUAAUCAUAAUUUGAAAUUAAAUAAUAAUAAUAAUAAUAAUAAUAAUAAACUAAUGAUCGCAUGUUAACUUUAAAGAAUAUUUUAGAUGCGUAAUAAUAAAAAUAUAAUUCUGAUUGCAAAUAAAAAAAAACAGUUUUUAAUGAUAUCUAAUCAACCACUGCACAAAGAACUAAAUCAAUUAUAUUAUCAAAUAAUAAAAAUUUAAAAUGCUUAAGUGAAGUUGUUUAAAAAGAAAUAAAUAGAUCUUCCCCUAGUGAGGAAAGGAGAUCUACAAUCAAGCCUCUUUAUGUAUAGAAUGAAGAGAAUGAAUAACAAUAUUUAAGUUCUCAAAAAACUCUACCAAGCAAAUUCAAUGUGGAUUAUCCUAAUUCUUAUAGCGAUAAUAAAAAUAGAACUAAUAGUUUACUUAAUAAAUUUAACAGCAUCAAAAUUAAACCAAACAUAAAAUAAGAAACUUAAAAUUUGGGAUUUUCAACAAAAUCACUGAGUUCAAAAUAAUCUAUUCAAAAAGUUUAAGACAUAAAUGAUUUACCUUUAGGAAAUAUCUAAAACAGUAUCUCUUUAGUUUCGCAUAAUAAUACUGUUCAAGAAAAAAAUUUACAAACAUCGUUCGAAAAAUAAUCAAAAAAAAUGGAUGACUCUAAUUACCAUUCAUGUAAUGGCAACUGCACUUAAAUCCAACAAGAGGAUCCAAAUACAAAGUAUAUUUAAGAAAUUAGGUAAGAAUUGGCAGAAUAAAAACAAAUGCUGACUUAACUAUUCUAAUCUCUCUAAUAAAAGUAGCCUCAAAUCAAUAAAUAAUACAUUAAACGAUUACCUCAUACUCCUCAAAGGAGCAUUCAAAUGCAACAAUAACCUAAAUAAGUGUAUGUUUAUCCAACAUUUACACUCGUUAAAUAAGUCUCUCCAGUGAGACUGUGA